AUGGAUGCCAUGUUCAGACACCGAUCACUCUAUAAAGCCACUACACCACCAUGGAAAGACACGUUCCGAAAGCGAUGUGUGGACCGACUGAAGAACAGCAGGUCCAAACUGCUGGAGCGGUACCGACAGAUGGAGAGUCCGCAGCGUAAGGCCUCUGGAGGAUCCAUAAUCGUGCAGGAGGUGAUGGAGGAGGAGUGGAGCGCUUUGCAGGCAGAAAACCAACACCGCCUACCAUCUCUGUGGGGGUCCAGUGGCAUGGCUGAGAUGUUUGGUGUCACAAGGGAAUAUGAUGAACUAGCAGUACUUGAAGAAAUCCAGCAGGAGCUUCUGUCUCAUGAAAAGGCCAUAAUUGAGGAAUUUGAGAAAAAUCAACUUUUUGAACAACAAUAUAUAUCCUCAAUGGUGGCGGGAAUGGUUGAGGACAUCCAUCAAAUAAUUUGUCCUAUUUGUCAUGUGAAUAAUUUGACUAUAAAUCAUGUGUUUAUAUCCUGUCCAUGUGGUCUUUAUAUCAAUACAAAGAGUCGUAAUAUCAAUUCAGAAGUUCUAAACCACCUGCUGGAAUCCAGAGUUUCUGAGCAUUUGGAGGAAUGCUUUCACAACCCCAUCUUUUCUUUAGCCCCAAACGCAGACGGCCCCUCAAACCUGAUGAUAAGCUGUCAGGCUUGCGACUAUUUGUCUGUUGUCCUGUGA